GCAGCUCUGCAGCCCUACCGAAUCAUUCUCCGGCUCCUCCUUCCUCGCUUCUUUGCGAUUCGGGAUCGGAUGGAGGGUUCCGGGAAGCGGGUGCUCUUGGCCUCCAACGGAGACGACAUCUCCAUGGGCGUCGCCUAUCACUUGGCCAAAUCCGGCUGCAGCUUGGUUUUGCUGGGUAAUGAGAGUCAAUUGCAAACAAUGGCAGAGGAUAUAAUGAUAUCCUUAAAUGAACCCACUUAUGUCAAAGUGGUUGGUUUAAAUGUAGACGAAGAUCAUGAGGAUAACUUUGAUAAGGCAGUGGGUACUGCGUGGAAGAUUUUGGGAAAGCUGGAUGCCUUUGUCAACUGUUAUUCCUAUGAAGGGAAAAUGCAAGAAUAUCUACAUGUGACUGAACAGGAAUUUAAAAAGACGGUCGUAAUUAAUUUUAUGGCACCAUGGUUUCUACAAAAAGCAGUCGCAAAGCUGAUGCGGGAUCAGAAAGCAGGUGGAUCUAUUGUUUUCAUAUCCCAGAUCCUCGGGGCAGAAAGAGGCUUGUAUCCAGGUGCUGCUGCCUAUGGCUCAAGCUUGGCUGCAGUGCAACAAUUGGUUCGAUUAUCAGCCUUAGAGGUUGGCAAAUACAAUAUCCGGGUCAAUGCUGUUGCGCGCGGUUUGCACUUGGACGAUGAGUACCCUCGUUCAGUUGGGAAAGACAAGGCCGAGAAGUCUACUGCAGAUGUAAUGCCACUGUUGAGAUGGCUCGAUCCGAAGAAUGACCUUGCUUCCACGGUGAUGUACUUGGUGGGAGAUGACUCGCGAUACAUGACUGGCACCACCAUCUUUGUGGAUGGAGCUCAAUCCAUUGUGAGACCAAGGAUGCGUUCCUUCAUGUAGGUCAUCGGUAGUUUGUUCAGAGUGUCCAUUUUCAAUAAUCCAACAAGAUCUAUUAAUGAGCUUGUUUAACUUUAUGGUAGAUUUACAUUUAUAUAUUAAUGCUUUUUAUAGUGUGCAAGCUGGGGGUUUGAUGUUGGAGUGUAAAAGAAUUGAAUUGGCUAGUGAUGUGAGAAAUUUACAAGUGUACGGUUGUCGUGAAAUAAUAAAUGAUCGAUCUCAUAGGACUGUAAA